AUGGCCGACACGCCCGCUCAGCCCGCCAUCCUGCGCCUCCCCGUCGAGCUGCACCUCCGCAUUCUCCUCGACCCGACCCUGUCCUACUUCGACCUGCACCGCUUCUCGCGCGUCUGCAAGCACUUUCGCCGUCUUCAGCAGAACUCGCAGCUCGACUCGCGCCUGUUCCGCCGCGGGUACCCUGUCGACCGCAAGCGCUUUGGUCCACGCAACCACCCGGCCAAGAGGGGCCACAAGGUCGCGUUCCACCCGGUCCUCAACCUCGUCUCGCUGAGCCGCCCCGACCUCGACGAGGCCGACAUUGCCUGCUACGGCUCGCGCGCCGGCCGCGACGACGGCGACGACGACGACGGCAACGCCGCGCCGCGCUACUACAAGCCUCUCGACCUGCCCGUCGCCAACGAGUACGCGACGUCGCCGCCGUGCGCCAAGCUCAUGUUCCUCGCCGGCACCGAGCCCGUCAUCGCCGACGCCGGCGGCGUGCGUGUCCGCUCCGUCAUCGAGGUCGUCACGGCCAUGUGGGCCUCGCCUGCGCCGGCCGAGGUCCAGAUCCAGGAGAUGUUGCAGCGCGAGGGCGACGGCGAGGACGAGUGCGACUGGGCCGAGCUGCGCGAGGGGCUCAUUGAAGAGCCGGGCGACAUGAGCAUGUGGGAGACGCUCGGCGACAACACGUUCUGGGCCGGCAUGCGCCGCGCCAUCUGCGUCCAGGACGGCGUCGUCGGCCUCGAGCCUAACCCGUUCGACUGAGUCUCCACGGUGCGUCGGCCUUUCCUCUCUCUCUCUCCUUUCCCGUUCUCCUCGACACGUCUCCUGCUCUUUGACACGUUCCACAGCAACGUCCCUCGCACCGCGACGACCCCUCGCUUUUCC